AUGAUGGUUCCAUUUGGCUGGGCUGCGGCUUUCCACUCCUCGACAGAUGCAGGCACUUUCUUCUCCGGUUGUGGCGGCAUUUCGACACGCGUUUGGAUAGGUGGGUGUAUGAGGGCUGGGAUAAGGGCGGAUAUUUCUGAGGGCUAUGACGACGAGUCCGCGGGCAGCACCGAUAGCAAGCACCUGAACGGACAAAAGGAGGAUUCUGCCCAGGUUGCCGAGGCUGUCACCGAGCCUCAGGAGGUUAUCAAGAAAGAGACGAAGGAGGCCAGCAAGGAGCCUGCCAAGUCUAGCGCUGAGCCUGCUGAGGCCGCUGAGGAGGCCGCUGUGGCCAUCAAGGAGGAUAUAAAGGUUGAGGCCACUGAGCCUGCUGAGACCACCAAGCAGAUGAUCAAGGUUGAGCCUGCUGAGAACACCAACCAGACGAUCAAGGUUGAGGCCGCUGAGCCUACUGAGGUCACCCAGGAGAUCGCCAAGGUUGAGGACGAUGAGGAGUCCGCUGAGGGCACCAAGAACACGGUCAAGGUUGAGUAA